CAAUGGGAUUUUUAGUAGGCUACAACCUUAAAAUAAGAAUCCACUUUUGAAUUCAUACCUGGGUGUGGUACGUGCUUGCAUGGAGUGAAGUCAUCAACAAUACCACCUAUUUCAUCUUUGAUUACAAUCGGGGAGUAGAUCCCCCGACGAUUAGAAAAUUAAAUGAGAAAUUUAAAAUGGCAGCUCAAAAGAACAAGAGGCAAAUAGAAGAGCAGGUAUCGAAGAGGGGCAAUGUCGUCGUUAUCGACAGGUCACAGAAUACCAACAUGAAAAGCGCAGUGCCGUUCAUAGCAGAUCCAGAUGCUGACAAUGUUUCUAUUUCAAAGCCCACUCGCCAGAUACAUGCUAUACCAUACCUCAUUUCUGAUGGAAGUGGGAGGACUGUAUACAAAAGAGAGCGAGUCAGUGUACAAGAUGUGGAUAUUUCAGUCCAGAAUAUACCCCCUGUGAAUCAGGCUGUGCCAUAUAUCCUAGAAAAACAAGAAGUGGAGUCACUUUCCCAACAUGAGUAUAUGAUGCCUGAGUAUUCCAAGGAAGAAUAUGUUGAGGACUACGAUAGGGAGUAUUGGGGUGGAAGAUUCAACUACUUCUUCGCUUGUCUUGCAUACUCAAUAAGUCUCGUGACCGUCUUUAACUUUCCCUAUUUGACUUACAUACAUGGUGGAGCUCCAUUUUUGUUGGUCUAUUUCCUUAUGGUUUUCCUGUUCGGGAUACCCUUGUUCUUCAUGGAGUCGGCCCUGGGUCAGUUCUGCAGUCUUGGUAUCUUCAACUGCUGGACAUGUGUCCCUCUUUUAACAGGGAUUGGCGGUGCUAUGUUCCUAGCAUGUUUGUUGGUGUGCCUUUAUUACUCGCUGUAUGUUGCCUGGGCAAUCUUCUACCUUAUUGCAUCUUUUACUGUCAUUCCCGAAUUACCCUGGGCAACGUGUAACAGGGGGAACUGGUGGAACACUAGGGGACCAUCUUCAUACUGUCUUCAACUCGCUCCUGCGACAAGCUGUAGCGAUCCGUUGGCGUAUCAAGCUCCAAAUGGGACAUGUUUUGGUCCCAAUGGAACAGUCUUAGGAAUAUGGAACCAAACUCUGGCAAAGGGAAGCGGCAUAGCAAUAUCUUCAUCAGCCAAAGAGUACUUCUGGCGGUACUUUUUGGAAGCAAACAACAAUGGUAUAGACAAUGUUGGGGAUGUUAUAUGGCAAUCCACCAUCUCCCUUGUUGGUGUUUGGUUCAUUGUGUUUCUUUGUUUGUGUUUGAACACGCGAUCAUCUGGCAAGGUCGUUUACCUAAGCGCCAUCUUUCCAUACAUUUGCCUAAUCAUACUCCUGGUCGGGGGUCUUAUGCUACCAGGCUCACAAGAUGGACUGAACAAGAUCUUCGGGCAGAACUGGCAACAUUUACUUGACUCUAGACUAUGGAAAGACGCAGCAGUACAGGUUGUCUUCACCCUUGGUCUUGGUUGGGGUGCCAUCAUUACAUUGAAUAGUUACAAUCACUUCAAGGCUCCUGUCUGGAGGAGCUCUUUGUUGGUGUGUAUCGUGGUGUCCCUCACCAGUGUUUUGUCUGUAGCUGUGGUCUACACCUACAUCGGGCACCUUGAGUACUCACUAAGCAUGGACAAUGUAACAGACAGCCUGUCAGCACAAGAGAUAUUUGCAGAAGGUCCUGAAGGUAUAUUUGUUGUGGUCGCACACUCAAUCUCUAGGAUUGGGGAUCUUAGAGCAUUCUGGGCAGUUUGGAUGUUCCUCCUUGUCUUAAGUGUUGGCAUAGACACACUGUUCAUCUGGACACAAGUUUUGCUCACUGCCAUCAUAGACUACAGGCCAUCAUUAAGGAACAGGAAGAUUGUCAUUUUGCUGUUCUUUUGCCUCGUAUUCCUCCUGUUUGGAUUCCUCCUUUGCACCCAGGGUGGAGUGUAUGCCAUAUGGCUCCUUGAUAAUUCUAUCACAGCUUGGCCGAUUGUCACUAUUCUCUUCCUGGAGUCCAUUACCAUUUCUUGGGUAUAUGGCUGGUCGAGAUUCUCCAGGGAUAUACAGUUGAUGAUAGGAGGGCGUCAGACAGGGGGAUGUAGUUACUGGUGGUGGAGAGCCGGGUGUCAAGUAAUAGCCCCUAUCAUGAUGCUGUAUAUCAUGUUCUUUGAAUGGGUGGACUGGUACCAGGAAAUACGACAGUUUGGUGACUAUCAGUAUCCAACUUGGGCUAAUUGGGUCGGCAUAAUUCUAGGGCUAAUAGCCAUCUUGCCCAUCUUCGUUGUGGCCAUAUUCAGGCUGUGUAGGGCAAAGGGAUCCAUGAAAGAGCGACUCAUAGAAACAUGUACUCCUGCAAAGGAAUGGGGUCCCACUCGACUCAGUGAUAGAUUAAGAGUGAUGGAGGCGGAGUACGUCUUUGGGUUUGCCCUCGCCGUACAUCCACACCACAAGAUCCUGGGUAGCGAGCCAGGAUCAGACAAGCAACUAAUCUCGGAGAAAAAUGUGUACACAACAUUGAACGUUGUAAGCAGUACUAGCAGACCCCCUAAAAUAGAAGUACCAGUGCCUACAGAGACACCCCCGCCAGCUUACAAAACAAAUGCAAACUCAAUGCCGGGCUCCCUACCAUCUCUCAGCUCACCUUCAACUGAUAGGCAACAUUUUGCAUCUGCUGCAUUGGCCGAGAUAAUAGAUCCACCAAAAGAAUGGCAACAAGUUGCCCAACCUCAACAGCAGGUUUCUUUGCUGCCGAGACAUGUUGGUUCAGGAAAAUCACACGUUGAAACAAUACCUGUGACACAAAAAGAACAUCAUACACCAACAGAAGCGAUGGAGGCACCCGUGAUUGAACCUUACCUAGAACCUCUUCAAAAUGAUAUACAAAACGAUGUAUUGAAUGAUAUGAAUGAGAGAUCGCAUGUGCCAACUGAUCCCAUAAAAACAAAACACGUACAGCUGGAUGUGGAGGAUGACAUUUACUCAAAGGUACAUAAAUCUUACAGGAAAACUCCACCUUUAGACACAGUGCAAGACAGAGCAAAGAACAUCUAUGACAAUGAUAGCAUCGAUAUGGUUGCCCCAACUGUACCAUCCAAACAGGGAGAGUUGAACGAAGCAUAUAAUAGUCACAACGACCAGCCUGAAGUGUUGUAUUAGCAUUGAGAAGAUAAAGGUUAAUAUGUAACAUAUCAUUAGGGCCCAAAGUAAAAUAUUGUUCCUCAGAAAAUAUUGCCCCAUGGAAACCUACAAUACCUGCCCCCAACCAUGGACCUCUACCCCGUCCAUGGCCCAAUUGCACGAUUCGGCCACCAUGUUAAUGUAUGUGAACCUGGGAAAUAAAUAUUAAUGUAACAUGAAUAUUGCCUUUGAAAAAAUAAGAUGAUAUCACAUGUACCACCUGGGGACAAUACCUGAAUACUGCUGGGGACAAAUGUGAAUUGUAGAUUUAUUAAAAGAUGGCAGUGUUAUAGAAGUUGUUGCGAAUUUAACUCAGAGACAGAAGACACUGACUCUGAUGACGCUGCCAUCUUAAAGUAUAACCAUUACCAUAUACUCAGGAGAUACAAAAGAAGCUUUGCCCAGAAUCUCAAGUGCGUUGGUUUUAGAAUUCAUUAAUUUCACAUGCACAUUCCCAAUUCUCUUUUAUUCGUGACCACAUAAUUCGAUUCAUUAUUUUGAAAAUAUGCCAUAUCUAAUAUCUAAUAUGCUUAUGUACAAAAACAUUUAUUUUUCACAUUAUUAUUCAAAAAUAUCUAUUUGAGCUAUUUCCUUUAGUAUUCUAAGAUUAGCUGCCUCCAAAGUGUUAAAAUAAUACACAUAUUGAUAUAUACAGGGCGGGCAAGUAAAAAUGGGACACUCAAAUAUGACUGUAUAUAUAUUCUAUUUCAAAGAGCAGAUAUGAACCAAAUAUCAAACUAAUUGAAGAGUAUGAAGUUUGAAUAUUUCUGUACAUGUAAGUAAAGUUUCAAAUCAAUUAAUGCAAGUUUUAAUUAUUUUUUCUUGAAGCAAGAAAUGUGACACAUUGCCUCGAAAAACAUGGUAUAUUACACAUGGUUUAUUUAUCUAUGUGAUCCUAAAAACUUUUAAGAAUGAAACAAACUGUCCCAUUUUUAUUGCCCACCCUGUAUGUAUACAUAUACAAAUAGACUUGAUAGCUUCAAGCAUCUAACAGUUGUAUUAAAACAAAUAAAUAUAUGUUAAGUACAAAAA